CUCGCCCCCCUCACCGUUUUAUUGUUCCUGCACGUAGAGAGAGGGGCUGUAAAUACGUGUUAGUGAGCGGUCGUGUGGAAGAAGGCAGAGAAGUUGCAGGCUCCCCGAGCGUGGCAACGGGUUUUCCUUCACUAUGGACGUCAGCGGCAUGUUCUUCAACAAACUGCGAACCUUAGCGGUCACUGUGGAAAAAGAGGCCGAGCAGCUGAAGCAGAUUUUUCAGAGUGAUGACACAGAAUUUGAAGAAGAUUCACCAAUGAGGUACUUACACGAACUGUUCUCUGAAGUCAGAACGCUAAAGAGUGAUGCUGAUAAUACUCUUUGUAAGAGUUCUUCAGAAAGAGAUGCUACAUAUUAUUUCUUGAAAGCCACUAAAGUUUUGAUGAAACAAACUUCAACAGAUCUUGGAAAAAUAAGAGACUUCUUCCAGAAAUAUGGCUACAAACCCAUUGUUGGCGAGGAUGCAGCAAAACAGGAUGAAGCUGAAAUUAACCCUGAGUCUACAUCUGCUGAAGAAGAGCCCAAAAUCCUUGAUUUUCCUGAACAACCAUCUGCACCUCAUGCUCUGCUGCAAAUUCCACAGCUUUCAGAUUUUGGCCUUUCAAAAUAUGCUCUCCCAAGUACUUCAGGCAUCUUGCAUAAUCAGCCCACAUAUGCACAGAAGGAGGAACCGAGAGUGGAUUAUUCUGAGCGUUUAUCACCCAAGGCAGAACAGUUUCGUAUCUAUGGGUAUAAAAUGGGUUUGAAUGAUGAUACCACAAGUUUAGUGGUAGAUCAAACCAUCUUCCUACUCAAUCCCAAAAACAGUAGGCAAGCUAAUAAUAAACCGAGUGAAUCUGCAGUGGAAUUGGAAUCAAACAAGAACCUAGCUACACCUAAGCAAAAGAACAAAUUUUGUGAUGACGAUUAUAUGGCUUCACCCGCUGCACCUGAGUUCUGCACACCUGGCUUGAAGAUUCCCAGCAGAAAGGAUGCCACAUCCCCAGAGAGUAAUAAAUUGGAUGCCUCUAAUCAUAUGACAGAAACGUCUCUUCCAGAUACAGAGUCUCUGAUAACAAAAGCUAAACAGACAUGUGUCCCAAAUAAUACAGUUGUUGGAUACGGCACUGUUCCGCCUGUCCCUCAUUCAGACAAGUAUCUGGAGUAUCUUGAACCACCUUCAGCAGUACUGGAUAGGCUUGAAGAACUGCCUCCUCCAGAAAUAUCAGAUUACAGUAGCCUGUUCAGUUCCCCUCCUCCUCCUCCUGAAAUAACUGUGAUUCCAAGGCAGAUUUCUCAGAUCUUGUCAAAAUACAAUCCGAAGGUAGAAGCAUACAGAUCACUGGAAAAGGGGACUCGUGUAGGAAUUGCUACACAGUUUGAAAAACAGCCUGUUCUUGAUACCGGGAACAAAGAAAACAGGUGAGAUUUGAGGAUGAGGUAUUCCACACACACCUGUCUGGCUUUUCCAGACACUCGGUGGAAGUAGCAUUGUACUAUGUGCAGGCAUAUGAGGCACUCGCUGCCCCUUGCAAAGGUAUGGAAUUAGUAGGUAGAUUUGUGGCAUGGUGUCCAAAGAACAGGACCCCUACUCAUCCCUGCCUCUUGCUGUAUAUGUGGGUUUGCACCCAGCCACAAUUCCAACCCACCACAUGGCAUCAAUGAAAGCUAGCUGUCGGGGAACUCUCCUGCAACCAGUCAUAGUUCUUGGAAACAGUGUGUGGAUACGGAGCUACUGCCAAUAUCUUGUUGAAGUUUUAAGAUUCAGUAUAUAUUAAGAAUAGGUCUGCAUCAGGCCAGUGGCCUGUCUAGCCCAGCAUCCUGUUCCCACAGUGGUAAACCAGAUGCCUAUGGGGAAGCCCAAAAGCAGGAUUUGAGCAUAACAGCACUCUUCUGACUUGAGAUUCCUUGCUGCUGGCAUUCAGAGGUAAACUGCGGCUGACACUGGAAGUAGAACAUAGCCACUGAGCGCCUUAUCAGUGUCUAAUAGAAAGGAGGACAGACUGAAAGGUGGGAUUGGGCUAAUUGAAAAUCCCAUUACUCAAAUCAGCUCUCGUUGCCUGGGCCUGACCCGGGUUUAUUGGAGGAAAAGGUGAACAGGAGUUCAAAGACUGGUAAAGAAGGAAUGCAAUGUGUUUCCACUUUCAGACUUAGCAGUUCAUUAGAAGAGUGAAUCUUUAGACAUUAAAAAAACAACAACCAAGAUGGCUGUCCUUUAGUCAAGACCCCUAUGAAAUGAAUACAAAUGGGCAUGUUUCAAUGGAAGUCACUUGAACAUGGUGCCAAUAUUUAACUGCUUUGUUUGUUUUUCUAUUACAUUUGCAGAAAGUAAUAUGGAUGAAGGCUAUGACUUGGCUUUUUAGAGGCUUCUAUAAUGAAGAUUGUCCAGCAAACUCCAUGGGAAAAUAUCAAAAUAUUUAUUUCUAACUGUUUGGCAACCAGUUUAACUAAAACUAUAGUCUCUUCUUUCAUUUCCCCAGAGACCCCCAAAUACAUUAUGAAAACCUGUAUCUCCAUGCUAAUGGAAGUUACGACUGCAUUUAUUAAAUAUUUGUUUAAAUCCUGCUUGUGAGCUGAUACGCAAGGAUGGUAGAAGCGAGGGGAAAAUACUAAGUGGCCAACUCUGCUGCUCUGCUCUUAAACUAAUUUGAUCUUUGAAUCCACCCUCCCCCUGCCCGCAAAUUUUCUGCAUAUUUUUUAGGACUGCGGGAGUUGCCAUCGUGGUUUUUUAAAUUUGAUUGUUUUUAUUAAAAAAAGUUAGAUGGAACAUCCAAGAUUGUAAGUGUUCAUACUUAACCAUGGUCUGUUACUAAUGUUUCAACACAGUAUUAAGAAGGCAUCCACUUAUGUGCUGUAGAGAGGACCCUGGAGCAGAUUUGAGAGGCUGCAGAAGUCCCACUGUACAAUGCCCCAUUAUUUUUGUUAUGGGCAAAACGCCCACUAACGUUCCAACUAAAGCAAUCCUGUUCUAUCAUGAUUGAGAAUGUUUUCAAUUUUAUAGCAAGCAAUUCAUGAGAGAAUCACAUCUUCAGUCUACAGUGUGUGAUGUAAUGUCUAGACAAAAGGGCAGGUGGGCAAGCAAGCAACAGGAAAACUUCCAGCUUUUGUUUUUGAUAGCAACUGCUAUAAUUGUCAUGAAACACAUUUUACAAAGCUAUGUCACUGCUUUUAUUUUUACAAGUUUUAAAAAAUAAAAUUAUUUAACAAG